CCCAAGCGCACACACAGGUUCUGUGCUGAUCAGGAGGCAGGCAGGCACCCUCGCCCCCACGCACUCCCGGGCAUCCCCACCCACACCCACAUAUAUGUAUUUUUGCCCUGAAAAAAGUGUAAAUAAAGCCUCGCUGGCCCCCAAUGAGGCGUUCCUUCCCGACUUUUUUGGAUCAAUCAAACAGACAGUGGCUUCUUUUGAUUAAAGCCCAAAUUGUCAUUGGGCAGAAGCAAUCAUGUGACAGCCAAUUCGGUCCAAUUUCAACCUUGUCUCCAUGAAUUCAAUAGUUUAAUAGUAGCGCGGUCCCCAUACGGCUGUAAUCAGUGAAUUAGAAAAAAAACACCCCAGCAGCGAUCUUCUAUGAUAGAUUUUUUUUUCCUCUGCUCUCGCCUUUUUCCCGGGCCUUGCCCCCCCAAAGCCCCUCCAGAAGAGGGAACUUUUUCUCCGAGGGGGCUCCAAGGAGAAGGCCAUGAAUUACGAAUUUGAGCGAGAGAUUGGUUUUAUCAAUAGCCAGCCGUCGCUCGCUGAGUGCCUGACAUCUUUUCCCCCUGUCGCUGAUACAUUUCAAAGUUCAUCAAUCAAGACCUCGACGCUUUCACACUCGACACUGAUUCCUCCUCCUUUUGAGCAGACCAUUCCCAGCCUGAACCCGGGCAGUCACCCUCGCCACGGCGCUGGCGGCCGCCCCAAGCCGAGCCCCGCGGGCAGCCGCGGCAGCCCAGUGCCCGCCGGCGCCCUGCAGCCGCCCGAAUACCCCUGGAUGAAGGAGAAGAAGGCGGCCAAGAAAACCGCGCUGCCGCCCGCCUCGGCCGCCGCCGCCGCCGCCGCCGCCACCGGCCCUGCCUGCCUCAGCCACAAAGAAUCCCUGGAAAUCGCCGAUGGCAGCGGCGGGGGCUCCCGACGCCUGAGAACUGCUUACACCAACACGCAGCUUUUAGAGCUGGAGAAAGAAUUUCAUUUCAACAAGUACCUUUGCAGACCCCGAAGGGUGGAAAUCGCAGCGCUGCUGGAUCUGACUGAGAGACAAGUGAAAGUGUGGUUUCAGAACCGGAGGAUGAAGCACAAGAGGCAGACCCAGUGCAAGGAGAACCACAACAGCGAGGGGAAAUUUAAAAGCCUCGAGGACUCUGAGAAAGUGGAGGAGGACGAGGAAGAGAAGUCGCUCUUUGAGCAAGCCCUGAGCGUCUCCGGGGCCCUUCUGGAGAGGGAAGGUUACACUUUUCAGCAAAAUGCCCUCUCUCAGCAGCAGGCUCCCAAUGGACACAAUGGCGACUCCCAAAGUUUCCCAGUUUCGCCUUUAACCAGCAAUGAGAAAAAUCUGAAACAUUUUCAGCACCAGUCACCCACUGUUUCUAACUGCUUGUCAACAAUGGGCCAGAACUGUGGCUCAGGCCUAAACAAUGACAGUCCCGAGGCCCUCGAGGUCCCCUCUUUGCAGGACUUUAACGUUUUUUCCACAGAUUCCUGCCUGCAGCUUUCAGAUGCAGUCUCGCCCAGUUUGCCAGGUUCCCUCGACAGUCCCGUAGAUAUUUCAGCUGACAGCUUUGACUUUUUUACAGACACACUCACCACAAUCGACUUGCAGCAUCUGAAUUACUAAAAACAUUAAAGCAAAACAAAGCAUCACAAAACAAAAACCCCUUUGACCAGGUGCUUUUGCCUUCUUUUAUUCUGAGAGUUGAUUUUUAUUUUCUUUUCUUCCUGACCUACCCUCUCUCUCCUCUAUAUGUGGAAGAUUUUCUGUUUAUUCUCCUGGUCCAGUUUCAGAGCCAUCUUUUACAGGUUAUUUUGGAGUUUUAGUUGUUCUAAAUCUAAUCCAACACCCCUCUAUGUGAUUUCCUGAAAGCAAUAUAUGAGGCCUGCAAGAAAGUGAUCAUAUAAUUGUAUCUUCACUUUCUUUUUAUUUUUGUAUUACAUUAGGAUGCAUUGUCAUGAGUAUUUUUGGUAGAAUAAAUUCUCCUUUGCUAUAAGUAGCUUUCUUAUUUUUUCUCCCCCCUCUUUCUCAAGGCUCAUAACGGUUUCUUUUUCUUCUUUUAGUCUAACUUGGUAAAUAAAAUUCUGGUCACAAUUCAUCUUCUUUUUCAAUUUUAAUAUAUUUAUUAAGGGGGCAUGUUCAAAGUCUUCAGUAGUCAAUAACAAAAAAGAAAGCCAGAACAUAGGACUUCUGAGAAAUGUUUUUUUUUUUUUCCUCUCUUUUUAAAGGG